UGUUAUGUCGUCGACUGGAAACACACAGUCAGUUUGUGUUUGACAAGCCACCGCAACUUUGGUGAGCUUUGACUGUAAAGUAUUUCAGUUAAAGAUGUCGGAGGCAUUGUUGCAGUGGUGUGUGAACCAGCUACACCACAAGUUCGGGCUGGAGGCAUGUGAAGACAUCGUCCAAUAUGUUCUAUCCAUCGAAAAUGCUGAGGAGAUUAAGGAUUAUAUGGGAGACCUCCUGCAGGGCACAGAUGGGAGGAAAGGACUGUUCAUAGAUGAGUUCGUCAGCAGAUGGAUGAAGACUCAGAGACAGACCACAGAUAGCUCAAGUCUUUUCCAUCUCAAGGAACCUUUAUCAUCUCCAGAUUCACAGGACAUGAGCAAAGACUCCCUGAAAAAGUCUAAACGCAAGGGCCGUAACAAACAGGAAGUAAUGGCUGUGAGCCAAUCAGAGCCUGAGCCAGAGGCAGUGAAAACCCCCAUUGAUCUGAUGAGGGCCCAGGAAAACACAAGUUCAUCCUCAACAAAGAAGAAGAGUAAGUUUGUCAAUCUCUAUGCUAAAGAGGGGCAAGACAAGAUGUCCAUCUUGUUCCCAGGUCGACAUGCUUGUGAGUGCCUCGCCCAAAAGCACAAUCUUAUCAAUAACUGCAUCAGCUGUGGUCGCAUCGUAUGUGACCAAGAGGGCUCUGGACCCUGCCUCUUCUGUGGAAGCCUGGUGUGCACAAGAGAGGAGCAGGAGAUCCUGCAACGAGACUCCAACAAAAGCCAGAAGCUAAGAAAGAAGCUUAUGGGAGAUGGUGGAGAAAGAGAUUAUCUACCAAACCAAGAGGCCAAGAUGAAGGCUGGCUUGGAAAAAGCUGUCCAGCACAAGGACAAACUGCUGGAAUAUGAUAAGAACAGUGUGAAGAGAACACAGGUUCUGGAUGAUGAGUCGGAUUACUUUGCCACUGAAUCCAAUCAGUGGUUGUCACCCAAUGAGAGAGAAAAGCUGAAGAAGAAGGAAGAGGAGCUGAGAGACCUUCGCCAUGCCUCUCGCAAGGAUAGGAAGAUCACGCUGGACUUUGCUGGUAGAAAAGUGCUUGAUGAAGGCAACAACCUCAACGACUACUACGACAAGUUGGAUGAGACCCUCAGGGCUAUGAACAGCGACUCUCCUUCAAAAUCCCCAAUGUUUUCGAGACAAGGUGGAAGGCAGACCCUCGGAGACCUGGUCAACCCCAACAUAAUGCAAGCUGCACCUGAGUGGGUGGAUGUCGGAGGCAGUGAAAGCUACAAGAAAAACACGAAGCAGGGAAAGAGCUCGGCGGAGGAAAAGGGAGGAGAAGAUCGUCAAAAGCUGAGGCUCCAAGACAAGGACCUGCAGGAGAUGGCUGACGGGGGCUGGUGCCUGAGCAUGCACCAACCAUGGGCCACACUGCUGGUCAGAGGCAUCAAGAGGGUCGAGGGGCGGACUUGGUACUCAUCCCAUCGGGGUCGUCUUUGGAUUGCUGCUGCAGCCAAGCAGCCGUCUCCACAGGAGAUUGCUGAGGUGGAAGCCAUGUACCGCCACAUCGACAAGAAAGAUCCAAGGUUUCCUAAAGACUACCCCACCGGCUGCCUGUUGGGAUGCGUCAAUAUGACGGACUGCCUCUCUCAGGAGCAGUUCAGAGAACAGUUCCCUAAUACCUGUGAGGAGUCUGCUUCCCCAUUCGUCUUCAUCUGCACCAAUGCCCAAGAGAUGCUGGUGAAAUUCCCCAUGAAAGGGAAGCACAAGAUCUGGAAGCUGGAGAGCCAGUACCACCAGGGUGCCAAGAAGGGGCUGGUCCCAUCGGCCGCAGACUGACGUCAGAGGAGAGGCAGAGGAGGAAAAACAGUCUGAUCUCACGGGAAUGUGGCAUAGAUGUUUUCCAAGAAUGGCUCCAUUCCCCACUAGGUUGUCCUGACAUUUUAUCAGGAGUUAUCAAUGCUGACAUAUUAUUGCUAUCAGCUCUACACCUGUUGUUAAUCAGUGGCAUUUGACAUUUACAUAAGGCAUAUUGCUUAAACGUAUGCAGAACAUAGACAUGUAAUAAUUGGGAAACAUUUCUACAAUCUUCUUUAUCUCUGUUUCAUUUUCUGCAGAAAUAAAAUAGAAAAAUCC